AGAAGCCUAACAAAAAGUUAUUACCGCUUCCGGUAGGAUAACAACAUGACGCACAGAGGAAAGGGGGAGUCAUAUGUUUGGACUGAUGACGAAGUUGAGAUGUUACUCAAUGUCACACAUGAAUAUAAGGUAAACAAAAUAAAUGAAAACGUGGACUGGGAGUCGUGCCAGUCAAAGUACGCCGACAUACUAGCGUUGUUCUUACAGCAGUACCCUUCUGAGACGUCACAACAGUUUCCUCAUCGUAAAGAGGAUAUAACCAGGACCAUCAUCACCAACAAACUUAAGGCGAUACGGGUCAAAUACCGGCAAGCGGUGGAUUCCGGUCGGAAAAGUGGCCAUGGCAGAGUGGUUCUACUUUAUUUCGAACUAUGUGAGCAGAUAUGGGGUGGUUCUCCUGCAACAACUACCAUUCCAUCAGGCAUAGAAACGACAGAUAUUGAUGCAGCCUCUCAUCGCAGUUCAGAUUCUGCAUCUUCUUCUACACUUCAUCUCUCGGCUGCCGAAAUGUGUCCCGUGUCUGAUCAACUUGAAGACUCUGAUGCCAGCAAUUUGGCCCCCUCAGUUGUGAAGGAGAGGAGAGCUCUACUUAAUGAAAAACUCAAAGGACACAAACAGGACAGACUUAAAAGAAAGCUUCCAGCUGAGACACAGUUGCUGCAUGCAGCCGAGGAAGACAUCAAGAUGAAAAAAAGAAUUCUGGACAUGAUGGAGACAUCAGAAAAGCAAGCAUCUGAAAAUUUCAGAAAAUUGUCUACCAGUCUUGACAGUCUGACGAGCUCAAUUGCAGAUGGGUUUUCACUGCUCAGACAAGUUAUAAUGCAACCCCCACAACCAUUCAACAUGUCACCAUACCAAUCCAUGGGUCCUUAUGGAAACGUGUAUGCAUCUGCACCACCACCCAAUACUGUACCUGUCAGGUUUCCGGCCAACACAUUUCCACUCCACACUACACCUGCCACAUUUCCACCCAGCACUUUACCUGCCACAUUUCCACCCAGCACUACCGUAAGUGUGUCACCACACACACCUGGCUCUACCUCACCUGUGCAGGGGUUCAGAUCAUUUUCAUUCACACAAGAACUUUUCCAGGAUGAAAUUUGA